CGCUUCCCUACGCCAGAGAAAAAUAAAAGACACCAUCCAGCAUCAAUUGGAUAAUCUUCUAUAAAUACUUCCCCUCGCGCGAAAUAAUUAAACAAAUCAAUUGAUUUUCUGCUCUUCAUCAUCUUCCUCUCUUGGUGAAAUUUUCUUGUUGCGAUGACGGACGUUGUUUGCGGAAAGUGUAACAAUCCAAUUACACAGAAUAUCCUCACAGCACUUGGCAAGUCCUGGCAUCCGGAGCAUUUUGUGUGCAAAGUAUGCGAUAGGCCCAUCCAGGAGGGUUCUUUCAACCAGAAGGAUGGUGAGCCUGUCUGUUCUGGCUGUUACAUCGCCAAUUUUACCGAUGUCUGCUAUGCAUGCAAACAACACAUUUUAUCGAAAGUGAUCAAGGCAAUGGGUCAGACAUGGCAUGAGGAGCACUUUGUGUGCGGAGGGCCGUGCAAGAAGGCCCUUGUGGGAGCCUCAUUCUACGAGCGUGACGGACAACCCUACUGUAAGGACUGCUUUGAGGCCCAAUUUGCCGCCCGGUGCGCUGGAUGCUCCAAGGCGAUACUGGAGAAGGCAGUGAUUGCGCUGGACGUGAAGUGGCACAAGGAUUGCUUCAAGUGCCAAAAGUGCAAAGAACCCAUUUCCGGCAAUACCUUCGCCGUCCAGGACAAUCAGCCCCUCUGCACUGAAUGUGCUGGCAUCUAAAUACUGAAGCCCCCCCCCCCCAAGCAUCCCCUCCCGCAAAUGCUUAACGCACACAGUAAAUGCCUCAGAAAAGUGUACAUUUUACUUGGAAAUUCUUUUUAACGUGUAAAUUUUUUUGUGUCACAGAGAGACGGAUAAUUUGUUGCCCAUAAAAUUGUUAUGUCUUGAAUUAUAAA